AUGUCCAGGAGAGUAAGAAAAAAGAAUGUUCCAAUUGUAGAAGAAGAUAAGGAGAGAGCAAAUGGUAAUUCUUUGGCAUCUACACAUGGUUAUGCCCCGCAUAGGCGUUCGAAAAGUGCUUCUGAGAGAAACUUAAAUCUUACAAGAGUCGGAGAUUCUCACUGCACACAGGACUUCAAUCAAUCACAUGGCUUGGCAGCUCCUACAAAUAAUGCCAGAGCUAGCCCACUUCAAGAAAAAUCAUUUACUAUCAAGACAGAUUAUAUAUCUAAUCAUAGGGCCUCCUUGGAAAAAGAUAUUGAGCAAUUACAAGGGCAGUUGCAGCAGGAGAAGUCCAUGCGCAUGUUACUUGAGAAGGCAAUGGGUAGAGCUUCUAGUACUCUCUCUCCUGGACAUCGUCAUUUUGCUGCUCAGACGAAAGAGUUGAUUGCUGAAAUUGAAUUGCUCGAAGAAGAGGUUGCAAACCGUGAACAGCACGUUCUCUCAUUAUACAGGAGCAUCUUUGAAAAUUGUGUUAGCCGGACAACUUCUGAGCAUAGCUCGGUCGUGACUUCUCCAGCACAUGUAAAGAAUGAAUCCAGGAAACACCCAAGUAUAAUUACGAGUGCCUUCUGUUCCACUAUAAAGUUCCCACUGCAGACUUUCCACUCUCUGGCUACUAUAAGUAACUCAGGGAAAAAAAGUUCGUUGCAGUCUAAAACAAGACACGCUUCACUCCUUAAUGGACUUCUUCGACCUGACCACCUGCCUGGACCGGCCGCCCAACCGCCGACAGGUGAUUCCCCGGCGACCGCACCUGACCGCGCCUACCGGAGUUCACCCAGCUCGCGCCGCCUGCGCGUUUCGCGAAUUUCUUCUCCCUUUUUUGGCUUCGCGUCUGGCCCGGCUUCCUUCUCCAGGUCUGCUCGCGUUUGA